AUGCCAAAUCUACCAUACAACCAACUCCUCGCUUGUCUCUCCCUCGAUCACAGUCCUAUGUCGCUCGAAGAAAUUGUUGCAGUCCAAGCACUCUAUGAUCUGUAUCUAGCUGAAUCCCUCCAAUCUCACAAACUAGGACGACCAUCAACUACACGAAUUCCCAUAAUGUCUGUAUUCAAAAAGAGCCAAUCAGUCAAUACCAUGUCAUGUAAAGAGAAAGCAGCAGAAGAGCUGGCUAAAGAGGAUCUUGAAUACUGGAGGCAGGUAAGAGAUAAGUCAGAGGUCCAAUAUGCAAAAGCAUUCAAGGAGAGGGAGGAAUCACGUGUCGCGUUCGAGAAAGCGAGACGGGAGCUUGAGAGAAUCGGUGGUGGGAAGACUGUUUCAACGUGA